AUGACUGCAGGCACUGGCCAGAUGCUGAGCACCCCCUUCCCCUUUCGGUUGAGUGCGGACUUCAAGAAGAAGACCGAGGCGUUGAAGAGGACGCUCAGGAGCUUCAAGGAGAAGCAGAAGGAGCUCGACUUCGCAAAGAAGGAGGCCACGCUCGCCAUGAAGGACCUGCGCAAAGAGGCGGAGAAGCGCCGCAAGGUCAUCCUGGACAGGAAGAGGGCCAAGGAGGAUGAGCGCCUGGCCAAGAUCGAGGCCCACCGCGCCGCCAAGGAGGCGAUGAUAAAGAAGGCGCAGAUGCUCAUGGGCGCGAAGGCCAACUCCGAGAUGUCGGGCAUGCUGGGCGAGGUGACUUUGGGCAUCAUGGUCGAGGUGAUGAUGGCCCUCCCCAAGGCCACGGAAAACCCGCUCUUCAUGAAGCGCAUCAACAAGGCCAAGGUCGAGAUCGCCAACACCGUCCAGGACUUCCUGAACAUCACCCGCCGCAAGACGGCGAAGUUCGCCUUGGCGAGCGGCAGGGCGUCCGAUGUGGAGUUGUCUUUCCUGAUGACCCGCUACUUCCACGAGGCGUCUUUCCGCGUCAAGUCCAUGCACGCGGACGCGCAGAAGCUCGCGAGGGAUCUUAACGUCGUCAUGCCAAGGGAGCUGCGCCAGGCUUUCAUGCCCAUCAUUAAGCAGCUGCGCGAGCAGGCGGUCCCGCUGCGCGUGAACGCGAGCGCGCUGGCGGCCGCGUCCCAGGCUGACGCGUGCAAUGAAAUUUCUGGGCUCAUGUCCAACAUCACCGACUAUAACACAAAACUCGCGACCAUGCACACCUCCUUGCAUAACAUCUGGCAAAUGUCCGAGCUGAUGCUGCCGCACAUGAGCAAGAUUUACCCCAUGACGCCUGAGACGAUCGACCUCGUCAAGGACUUCAUGUCACUCGCGACAACUCAGUGUGCUGGCCUGCAGGAGUCCGCAGAUGAGAUCGUGACCCAGGUCGGCCCCGUCAUCAGUGAGCGCAUGCAGUGCACGUGGAGUGCGGCGAAGCCGCGCUUUGGCUUUGGCGUGGCAGCUGUGCUGGCGGCGCUGGUCGCCCACUUCUUCGCCUGA